CCAGGAAGCCAAAAAGGAAGCUCACUUUGAAGGCGAGAACGAAUCACAGCUCUCAGAGGUUCAAAGCACAUUCCCCCAUUUCCCAUCAACCCCACCUUUUCUCCAUCAUCAAGAAGAACAAGCAGAAGCCCAUAUAUAAUAGUCAACGCCCGCACCGUUUCUCGACAAUUCACCACGGCCCGACAUCUGUUCCAUCGAUCCUCAGCAGCCCCUCUCCCUCUCUCUGUAGGUGGAGUGGAAGUGGAGAGAAACGAAGGGACAGUCUGAUAGUUCGGUUUCAGUCUGUCCUGUUGUACUGCAAAAGAAGCAGAACGGCUCUGUUUUGUACUUCAUUGUAGUACAUGUGGAAAAAUUGGAUCUUUCCUUCCCCGGAUGCCAAUGAAUUAAUUUCGUAAUUCGCUCUCGGUAUAAAUUUGGAAGCUUUGGGCAGACUCGCGGCAUCCUCCAGCCGCAAUGAUACUUAAAAUCAUCAGCUGAAUCGUGCCGGGAAUUGUUCUUGCUCGAGGAUUGGUUUCGCUGGUUGAGGGGGGAGAGAGAGAGAGAGAUUGAUCGACUUCUCUCACUGUGAUUCAAGGAAGAUUGGGAAUAAUGGCAAUGGCAUUGAGCUGAGCUGAAUUCUUCGCCGUUCUUGACGUUCCUCGACUGAUAUUGCCUGACAGAGUUAGGGGAGAUUCAUCGUUCAUUUGAUAUAGGGUAGAAAUCGGGAUAUUUCAGGAUUUCCCCCAGCUUGGAAGCAUGAGCAUCGAGGACGUGAGCAACCGGGAGGAGGCGGAGCAAGCCGAGGGCGUGGCUGAAGAGGCUCCUCCAAACGGGACCGAGCAGCAGGUCAAACGUAUAUCCCCAUGGACGGACCAGAUCACCAUCAGGGGAGUCCUUGCGAGCUUGGCGAUUGGGAUCAUCUACAGCAUCGUAGUGAUGAAGCUGAACCUCACCACGGGCCUUGUCCCGAACCUCAACGUCUCGGCUGCCCUCCUUGCCUUCGUGUUCAUAAAGUCUUGGACCAAACUCCUCCACAAGGCCGGAAUCGUCUCAGCCCCAUUCUCGAGGCAGGAGAACACGAUAAUUCAGACAUGCGCCGUCGCUUGCUAUAGCAUCGCUGUCGGAGGUGGGUUCGGGUCUUAUCUGCUCGGUCUGAACAGGAGGACGUAUGAGCAGGCGGAUGUGAACACACCAGGGAACGUUCCCAACAGCAUUAAGGAACCCGGGAUUGGUUGGAUGACUGGCUUCCUCUUUGUAAGCAGCUUUGUCGGGCUUCUUGCAUUAGUUCCUCUGAGAAAGAUCAUGAUAAUCGACUACAAGCUGACUUAUCCUAGCGGAACAGCAACUGCUGUUCUUAUCAAUGGGUUCCACACUCCUAAAGGAGACAAGAUGGCCAAACAGCAGGUCCGCGGCUUCACGAGGUUCUUCUCGUUCAGUUUCUUUUGGGCUUUCUUCCAGUGGUUCUACUCCGGUGGGGCUACGUGUGGGUUCUCCCAGUUCCCGACCUUCGGCUUGAAAGCAUUCAGAAAUACGUUUUAUUUCGACUUCAGUAUGACUUAUAUCGGAGCCGGAAUGAUCUGUUCCCACCUUGUGAAUUUAUCUUUGCUUCUUGGGGCUAUACUGUCCUAUGGAGUCAUGUGGCCUCUCAUUAAAGGGCUUAAGGGAGAGUGGUUUCCUUCGACACCACCAGAGAGCAGCAUGAAGAGUUUGGGUGGUUACAAGGUUUUCAUUUCGAUAUCCCUAAUUCUCGGAGACGGACUUUACAAUUUCCUCAAGAUUCUAUUCUUCACUUUCCGGAGCAUCCUCAACCGAGUGAACGACAAGAAGAGUAAAACAUUCCCGGUGAGUGAAAGCGGGUCCCUUGACGAACUCCAAAGAAAUGAAGUCUUCAUAAGGGACAGCAUUCCUAUGUGGCUAGCCUUCUCUGGCUAUGCAUGCUUCUCGAUCAUCUCGAUCAUCAUUAUCCCUCUCAUGUUUCCGGAGUUAAAGUGGUACUUUGUAGUCGUCGCCUAUAUUCUCGCUCCGACCCUUAGCUUCUGCAAUGCUUAUGGGGCUGGUCUUACCGACAUGAAUAUGGCUUACAAUUACGGGAAGGUUGCCCUGUUUGUACUUGCCGCUAUUAGUGGAAAAAGUGAAGGUGUGGUGGCAGGGCUCGUAGGGUGUGGCCUGAUAAAAUCGAUCGUCUCAAUUUCCUCCGACCUGAUGCACGACUUCAAGACAGGGCACCUGACCCUCACCUCCCCCAGAUCGAUGCUCCUGAGCCAGGCUAUCGGGACUGCAAUCGGGUGCGUGGUGGCCCCUCUCACAUUCUUUCUCUUCUACAAGGCAUUCGAUGUCGGAAAUCCGGAUGGAGAAUAUAAGGCUCCCUAUGCAAUAGUUUACAGGAACAUGGCAAUCCUCGGGGUGGAGGGGUUCUCUGCCCUCCCCGGCCACUGCCUCCAGCUGUGCUACGGCUUCUUUGCCUUCGCUGUGGUGGUAAACCUGUUCAGGGACCUCUCACCCAAGUGGAUCAGCAAGUGGGUCCCGCUCCCAAUGGCUAUGGCAGUCCCUUUCCUCGUGGGAGCCUACUUUGCGAUCGACAUGUGUAUGGGGAGCUUGGUCGUGUUUGUGUGGCACAAGAUGAACAGCAAGGCAGCGGCUCUCAUGGUCCCAGCAGUCGCAUCAGGGCUGAUAUGUGGAGAUGGCAUCUGGAUUCUUCCCUCAUCGAUUCUCGCUCUUGCGAAGAUCCACCCACCCAUCUGUAUGAAUUUCAUGCCUUCGACAAAUUGAGUCUCCGUCGGAUUUUCAAGAAGUUAAGUAGGGAUAGAUAUUUACAGUCGAGAUAGGUUGAUCAGCCUAUCCAUCUGGACUUUAGAAUAAGAGUAGCAGAAUCUGUAUAUGUAUGAGCCUCGGACUACAAUAAGUCGAUAAGUUCAAAGAAUUUUUGUUUUGGAGAGU